AUGCUCUUCCGCACCCAUCAAAUCCGCGGCUUCUUCGACGAGGUCGCCUGUAGAUACUGUUUUCGCUUCGCUCAACAAGAUGAAGAGAAGCAGAAGGGCCCCGAUUCUUCGACCCGCACGUUUGCCGACGAUGUCAAUGGAACACGCGAUUUAGAGGACUCGGUGCAGAUGUUCUGGGAGGACGCGGCCACCAGCACCUUCAACAGCUUCGUAGAGAUCGCCCGGGCCAUGGCCCUGAUCGGCCUGCCCACGCCCAAUGAGAAGGCCCUGCCCCUGCACCACUGCCUGCGCAACGCCCUGCGCUUCAAGAAGCUGCCACGCAAUCGAGAUGCACUUCCCUGCAGCGUCCUGAGCCGGUCGAGUCGCCAUCCCCAUCAUCCUCGCCCUGAGUAUAUCAUGCAGUUGGGUCGGUAA